GUUAGGGUUAGCUACUAUUAAACCCUAAUUUCAGCAGCCUCUAUCACUUCUUUGAGUUUUUUUCCUUCAAAAACAAAAGCCUCCAGUAAAUCGCAGAGCGGAUUGAUCUUCGAUCUUCGUUCGCACCACAGAUUCUCACCAGUCAAGAUGUUUACUGCUAGGAGGAAAAUCUCAAAAGAUAAGGGUGCUGAGCCCACUGAGUUUGAGGAGACAGUUGCUCAGUCAUUCUUUGACUUGGAAAACACAAACAAUGAACUCAAAAGUGACUUGAAGGACCUUUACAUUAACUCAGCAGUUCAAGUUGAUGUUUCUGGAAACCGAAAGGCCGUUGUCAUCCAUGUUCCUUACAGACUCCGCAAAGGUUUCCGAAAGAUUCAUGUGAGGCUUGUAAGAGAGCUCGAGAAGAAGUUCAGUGGCAAGGAUGUGAUCAUGAUUGCCACCCGAAGAAUAGUGAGACCCCCAAAGAAGGGCGCUGCAGUCCAACGUCCUCGCAGCCGUACUCUUACUGCUGUUCACGAUGCCAUGCUUGAGGAUGUUGUGUACCCUGCUGAGAUUGUUGGAAAGCGCAUUAAGUACAGGCUAGAUGGAUCCAAAAUUAUCAAGAUCUUCUUGGAUCCUAAGGAAAGGAACAACACUGAAUACAAGCUAGAGACUUUCUCCGGAGUUUACAGGAAGCUUUCUGGAAAAGAUGUUGUCUUUGAGUACCCCACUACCGAUGCUUAAAUUCCCAUUCCAUUGCUUGAGUAGUUGAGCUAUGUUUUGAUUGUGACCAUGCUUUAAGUGUCAGCAGCAACAUCAGUACUUAAGAGCCACCAUUUUGCUUAUUAUUAAGGAAUGUUUUUAGUAAUUUAUCAAUAUUUCUAGUUAGUAUUGUUUGAAGUUUUGACACCAAGUACUUUAGCACAGUUUUAUGUUCUGUUCACAAAAGAUAAUCAAUUUGGUCAUUUCAAAAGAGCUGUUAUGGGGUUUAUACUUUAA